AUGAACCAUCCAAGACAGCAGCAGAGAGGUAGAUGGGAAGAGGUUUUCCAAAAGGGCAAACGAGAAAAUGGCGAAAGUAUAAAACGGGAAAUCAUCCCAGAUCGCCAUCUCCAUUUCCGUGAAAUUGCCCUCGGUCGUGUUAGUCAUUGGAUCCGAGACUCGACCGUUCGUCAUGCGAAGGGUAACGGCUGA